ACACCGUUUAUUUGACUCUAUGUUUUUCUCUCUACUUUUUUACUGCAAUCUUAUCGCCUCGUGUUGGUUGAUUGGUUGUUGUAUUUUAAAGACGUAAAAUAUGUUUGUCAUAAACGCCGUUAAUCAAAAUUAUAUACAAUUAUAUCUUCUAGUUGUGAAUAACAGGAAUUGGAUACAAUUAAAAAGAUUUAAAAUGCAUAUUAAGAUUAGAGUUGUUUACGGUUAUUAAAGUUUAGUUCCUUAAAGUUAGCUCGUUAGGUAAAAGGAGGGAAAAAAGGGGGUGGGGAGUGCUAAGUGAAAUUUUUUAUGAUUCCUUCUUCAGACUUUUUCAAAAUCGUCGACAAAUAGCAUAACUUUAACUCCACGUGGCAGAUUUAAUCCAAGGUCGCUGAUGAUAGCCCGUGUUUUGUAAAUACUUAUUUCACGACUUAAAUAAUAAUUAUAAAAAAUUAAUAAAUUAAAUUUACUUAUUUACUUUUUAUUAAAAAAAUAAGAAGAUUACACAAACCUUAGACGAGGUAAUUAUUGAAUUGAUGUUUUAAAUUAAUUCUAAACGGGAACAAAGGAUUGUUUGAUGCAGUUUCUUUUGUUAACUUAUGGUACUUACAGCUUCAAUACAGCAAUUCCCACAAAGCAUCAUGACCGUACACAACAUCAUUUAAAUAAAUUACAACACUGGUACAAACCAUGAAAAUUCGACUAAAGCACGAUAAAUCAAACACAUUACAUUUACACUUCGAAGAAAUACCUGCCCUCCAAUUUAUAUCGAAAACAACCAAAUACCUCAGACGGACAUGGUACACUACUUUGGUCUUACCUUAGACAGAAGGAUGACAUGGGGCCCACAAGUCAAAAUGAAACGGAAGAUUCUCAACAGACGACUCCCACUACUUCAUUCACUUUUUCAAAUCUUCAAAACUAGAAAGAACUGAGACAGAAACUAAAUACAUACCUAUGCUUAGCUAAACCUAUAUGGACGUACUCCUCACAAAUAUAUGAUAUAGCUAAAAAUACCCACUUAUCCUGCGGUUUCACUUAAUUGCCGACGAUUCGACCUGGUCAGGUAAUUCUCCUACCGCAGGCAUUUCAAAAAUAAUUUGUAAAUCAAUGACAUUCAUUCAAACACAAUACUUUCAUCCCAUUUAAGUAUUUACUGUACAUACUAAACUAUUAUUUAUUGUAGAUACUAUUGACUUCAGCGACAAUGAAAUGAUUUAUUAAAAAAGAAAACACAUAUAAUUUAUUUACAGUUUGUUCUUAUGUGGGUCAUCGAUUAAACUAUUCUUUAUCUUUGAUAUAAGAAAGGAGGACAGCAAUGAAAUUAUUUUUAGGUUAUUAAAGCUCAUUAUUACAUAGUUAUAGCCCUCCAUGAAUUUGUGUUUAACUAAAAACUUUCAAACUCUUUAUGGGAUGAGUUUGAAAGUUUGAUUACAGACGAAGAAGUGUUAGUUUGGGGAAUAAACUUGAUAAUGUUCUCAACUACUUUUGUUCCCGACUUAGCCAUUUGAACAGGAUAUCCAACUACUACUACCUUCACCGAAUAAAAACUUGUUUUUAAUUUAUUUUAAUAAAACGAGUUAGCCACUUAUUCAUGGAGGCUAGAGAAAUAUUUAUUGAAUAUAUUUCUAAUAAUUUACUUUGUGCGCAGGAUGAAAAGAAUCAAAUCCUGACCACCAACUGCUGGUUAACUCAGAUUUGGACAGACCACCACCUCAAGUGGAAUAUUUCAGAGUUUGAGGGGAUAGAAGUGAUACGCCUUCCUUACCUGACUGUAUGGAAACCUGACAUCAUUCUUUACAACAAUGCUGACCCCCAGUACAGCUCGGCAGUGAUCAACAGUAACGUGAUAAUCCGGAGCAACGGGGAGGUGGUGUGGCUGAGCCAUGGGAUAUACAAGAGCAGUUGCCACAUUGACGUCCAAUACUUCCCCUUCGACAUACAGAGCUGUCACAUGAAAUGGGCUUCCUGGACCUAUGAUGGAUAUCAGCUGGAACUUAUACAGCAAGGAGAAGACGGAGAUAUCAGCAACUACCAGCCCAACGGGGAGUUCGACCUCCUCAGCUUCACCCCGGUCCACCACACCCAGUACUACUCCUGCUGCACCGAGCCAUACCCGGACAUCACCUACAUCUUGCAGUUGAGGAGGCGGCCCAUGUUCUACGUAUUCAACCUAAUCCUACCAUGUAUCCUCAUCAAUUGUAUAGCUUUGCUCGUUUUCUACGUUCCUUCAGAAAGUGGCGAAAAGGUGACACUCGGUAUCAGCGCCCUGCUGUCAAUGACAGUAUUUCUAAUGACCAUCAGAGAAACUCUACCUCCAACUGAAAAAACUCCACUUAUAAGUCUGUAUUACGGAGUUAGUAUAUGCCUUGUCACCUUCGCAUCAGGCCUGUCAGUGGUGACCCUCAACGUGUACCACAGGGGAGUCAGGGGGACCAAAGUGCCUCCUUUCAUCAAGACGGUAGUCCUUGAGAAAUUAGCAACCAUAUUGUUUCUUCAGAUAGAACCCAGGCACAAACAUUCAGGACGCCAAAGGGGAGAUUGCCCUAGAUCGAGCAAAUGGAUGUCGGCCGAGAUCUGCAAUUGCAUAACGACGGUAGCCUCUCAAGGGUCGCCCUGUUUCAUCUCUUCCGCCAACAACGCCAAUGCCAAUGUUGAGAGUUUCGAGACUCACUUACUUCGAAUGCUGCACCACGUCAACUCCACCAUCGCCCGGAACGAGCUGCGCCUCCAGGAGAAGGAGAAGCGAGAGAUCACGGAGCUGGAGUGGAAGCAGGUGGCCCUCGUGUGCGACCGCCUUCUUCUCUGGCUGUUCCUCGUCAUAACGGCCAUCACGACCACCGUCAUACUCUGCGGCUCACCGUAUGGGCCCUAAGAACAUUAUAAUGGCUUACAAUAUCUCAUGAAAAUAAAUAUAAAAACUUUAUGUGUAUAAUAUGAGUGAUCAUGUAUUUAAUUUUAAAAUCGUAUGCAUAAAAAAUUCUGUAAAAUUCAGGGAUGAUUACUUUAUGGAACGUGCCAAACUAGAAUCAGUGGAGUAAUGCAAUUAUUUGAAAACAUGCCCACCCAUUGGUGUUUGUCAUGGUUAACUAUGAACAUCAAAGAUUGUUUCUUGGUUUAAUAACCAGUUUCUGGGUACAAUAGCCAUUUUCUGGGUAUAAUAUUCUUGACUAUCUGAAGAAGUUGAAUCUGGAAUGAGCUACAUCCAGAUUAUCAUUUCUCGCUACUUGAAUUGAUAAUACUAUUCCUCCAUGAAGCAAAUUCAGCAAAACCAAUGUUAGCUAUAUAAAUGACAAAUUUCGUAUUACUAUUUUUCUUCUUUAUUUAGUAAAUUAUUUGCCUGAUUCAACAUCAUUUAGCCAGUUUGGAAAUCUCAACAAAUGAAAUCUUUUUUUAUAAUUUUAAUUGCAUGUUUUUAAAACAAUGAAGGGAUGCCCAAAAGGAAAAAUUGUAUUUAAAAAUUUUUGAGGGGACAUAUUUUGGCGGGUUUUUGAAUAAUUUGGGAAGUUAUUACUUUAUAAUCGACAACAGACAAACAAUGUUGACUUACCUACAUACAUAAACAAAUGAGAUGGCGUGUUCUUUCUUCUUUUAAUGAUUUUCAUAAUUUUGCAUCGAUGGGACCUUCCAUUCAUAAACAACUUUGAUAAUAUAACAUUUGCAGCAAAAAGUGUAAUAUAUAAAUACAGACUAUGAUGUGUUACCUACUAAAAAUAGGCAGUCAAUUAAUUGAAACUAGAACACAGUCAAUGCAAUUUUGUAAAAAGCAAUCUUUUGAAAAAGAAAAAAAAUGAAAAAAGUUAACUAUUGUGUUUUUAAUAAAGUCAUUUCCCUUCCUACUUUGAAGAAAAUUUAAUCACAUUUAUAAUUAUUAUAAUUCAAUUACCUAUUUUUUAAAUCACAAUUUAUUUGGUUACAGUUUAUAUGAUUAUUUUUUUAUUACUAGUAAAUACUAUAGAUUUAUUUUUUCCAUUUGAUUUCAGAAAAUAAAUAUUGUUCAAUUCAAUAUUCCAGUUUGACAAAUUUACUAUUUUAUUAUUAAUUAGACAGAAACGUUUCAGAAGCUAUACAUAUGUUCCUAUAAUGUUAAAAAUAUUAGUAAUCUGUUCUUGUUAUGUUUUUUGUAAAGCUAAAAAGAUUGAAAGGUUUAUUGUCAAAUAGAUUAUCAGACACAAUGAUUUCAAUUCUAAACUUGAAAUCUUUGUAUCUUUAAAAAAUGUAUUCCAUGGUAGAGGAGAUGAAAAACAAACAUGAUAAAUCAAUGUCAUAUUAUUUGCAUGAAUCUUUAAUGAAGAGUAUAUAAUUAUGGAUGUGUCUUAUUAAAUAUAUAAUACUGAAAUAUACAAUACAUUUUUUAUGAAUAAUUUAAAUAGAAUAUCCACUAAAUAUAUAUGUGUAAAAUAAUUAUUAAAAUAAGUUAUUAAUAAGUCAGUUUUAUUGAGAAAGUGGUCCAGCAGGAGAAAAAAAAACUUUCGUAUUGUAAAUAUUUUGAGAUGAUUUAUUUAAAGCAUGUUUGUAUAUAAUGUAAUUAAUCAAAAAAAAAAAAAAAAUCUAUUUGUGAAAUUAGCAUAGAACUUUUUAGUUUUACUGGAAAGAAAAAAAAUCCUUAUUGUUAAGUUUUAGCAAAAAGUAAAACUAAACCACUACUUAGUACUUUAAGUUAAAAAAAAAAUGUAUUCAGUAACUCUUAAGGUCAUUUUAACAUAUUGUUGUCAACAAUAAAUAUUUUAAAAUCCAUUCUGAUUUUUCAUAAACACUGGAUUCAUAUACAUUUAAACACCUACCAAUUUUCAGUACUCAGUUCUUUGAAUAGACCUGUUCAUUUUAAGUUACUCAAUUAAA